AUACGUUAGAGAUAAACUCGCCCGUUACCGGAGAUAAAUGUGUUUUAAGGCUUCAAAGAACCGUUAAAGUUUAACCGGAACAAACGGAAACCGAGUUUUACACCGAAAAACCUUCCGUCGAUCCGGUGUCCGUUAGAAAUGAACGAAGCCUCUCGUUAAACACGGUAAAUAACCCGUUAAACUCAAACUGACGCUUCUUUUUAACAGUAAUUAGUAAAAGAGGAGUUUAAACUUCACAUUUAAACGUUUCGGUUUCGCUCGUCGGUGAAGAACUCGCCUCUGAUUUGAACAUUUAGCGCGUUUCUGUUAACCGGGAACGCGCAUGCGCAGUGGGUAUAAGCCAUAUGCGGAUAUAAGGAUUGGCGCCGGCGCCACAGCUGAUGCAUUCAUUCAUUCAUCACUGAGGAGCGGAGCCAUAACUAAAUUCAACAAAAUGUCCAGACGCAGCGGUCGCAUCACUUUGCAAACCAGAGAUUCAAACACACCUGAGCCGACAGUCAGAGCCCCAAUAAAGAAAAGGAAGUCAGAGCCUUCAAAGAAGAAACUUCAACCUGCAGCCAAGAAGCAAAGCUAUGAGAUACAGAAGUGUUGGUCGGAGGACGGAGCGAGUCCGUGCAUCCUCAUCGAGACUCCUCACAAAGAGCUGGAGCCGUCGGAUCCGUCCAGCUUCAAGCAGUACACGUUCAAGAACCUCUUCAUCAAGGCCUCCCCCAUCCCUCGCCUCAGCUGGGCGAGUUCAGACGACGUCUGGAUCAAAAUGCUGAACAAGGAGCUGAAGUACGUUCACGAUAAAAGUUACCUCCAGAAGAAUCCCAAGCUGCAGCCCAAGAUGAGGGCGAUCCUGCUCGACUGGCUGCUGGAGGUGAGCGAGGUGUACAGCCUCCACCGACAGACGGCCUACCUCGCUCAGGAUUACUUUGACCGCUUCAUGUUGACUCAGGAGGACAUCAGCAAAGAGUACCUGCAGCUCAUCGGCAUCACGGCGCUGUUUGUCGCCUCAAAGAUGGAGGAAAUCUACCCCCCUAAAAUUGCGGAGUUCGCCUACGUCACAGACGGAGCGUGCGACAUGUGGGACAUCCAGCAGACGGAGCUUCACCUGCUAAAGUCACUGGACUGGAACCUGUGUCCCGAGACGCCCAUCUCGUGGCUGAAGCUGUACGCUCAGGUGGACGCUCAGAGGGAGGGAGAGAACUUCCUGGAGCCGCAGUUCUCCCAGGAAGCGUACAUCCAGAUCACAGAGCUGUUGGACCUGUGCAUGAUGGACGCCGGCUCGUUGGACUACAGCUACAGUGUUCUGGCUGCUGCUGCGUUCUGCCACUUCUCUACGUUUGAUGUCGUUCAUAAAGUCUCAGGUCUGACGUGGGAGUGUGUGUCGCCGUGCGUUCGGUGGAUGAGUCCCUUCAUGGACGCGCUGCGCUCUGAAGCGACGCCUCAACUCAAAAACUUCCCCAGAGUCAAAUCUGACGACCGACACAACAUCCAGACACACGUGGCGUAUCUGGACAUACUGAGGAAAGCUCAGGAGCGUCAGAUCGACAGCUCCGACUGCCAGCUGUCGCCCGUCGCCGUGGGAGUGAUGAUGACUCCGCCCAGCAGCACUGAGAAACCAGCCAAUCACUGAGCAGGAAACAGAAAAAAACCAGCGCUACCUCUCGUCCUCAGAAGUGACCUUGGACCACACGGCGGCUCCUCGCUCCUCACCGGGGGAGACAUUUAGGAAACUUUGUGUAGCAGGUUUAAUUUUAACACUAAGUCAGGAUUCGGGUUCCUGACGUCUUGAGUUAUUUGCUUUCAUGCAAAGAUGUAGAUUGUCAGGAGUGGCAGACUUUUGGCAGGGACAGAAAUGUUUUUUUUUGCAUGAUACAAAGAGUAACCGGUGUGAACUUCACCAUCGUGUGGCAGCUGGCUGUUCUGCUGCGCUCUUAUUUUGAAAAACCGGUCCUGGUCUAAGAGGAGCCAGAGGACUUUGAACCUUGUGUGGUAUUACCUGGGAGUUCUACUGGUGCUUUUCUUCAAGUUGUGAGGCUUCAACGCUCUCAGACGGUGCUUCAGUCAGAUUCUCAGGAACAGAAGAAUGAGAGAACGUCUCAUUUUCUACAAAUAUUUAAUUCCACUUUCAACGGUGGAAAUCUCCUUUUUAGUUAGUAUCCUCGCCUAAAAAUUCCCAUCGAGCUGUGUUUGAAUCACAGCCGACCAAACGAUUCUUGAUGUGAAUUCUUGAGUGAUUCUUGAAUGAGCCGGAGGAACAAUCGGAGGUUUGCUGUGAACGUCCUGAAACCCGGAGGUGCUUUGAACGCACCUUGACUGUUUUAUGUGGCGCAAUAAUAAUUCCCCUUUUUUUUUUUUUUUUUAAAUUCAUUUCUUGAUCGUGGUUGCACGUUCUUGUUACAUUCCUGGAAGACUUGACCUUUCAUAGGAGGAUUGCCUUCAGUGUGCAAAGUUUGUAUUUAUUGAUUUAGCGUGUGGAAUGAAAUGUCUGUUCAUAUGUUUAAAGAAUCUUUCAGCGAGCUCGGUUUGAUCUCUGCCAAAGGCAAAAGCUAUUUAUGAUUCCAGCUGUUUCUGAAUCACUGCUCUUCAUUCAAUGUCGUCCCCUAGCCUGUCCUUUCUUAGUGCCUUUAAAAAGAGAGAUGAACUGUAGGUUUUUAAUUUAAUCGGGAGCGAGCGGAGAAGGACGCUGACACCAACAAACCUGUGACCCUGCAGUGAACCAACAACCAUGUGGACUGUAUGUAGAAGAUAAAGAAUGUAUGUUUCUGUAAAUACGACAAUUACAAAUGUGUAUUUUUCUUUUAUAUUGGAAUGUUUUAAAUAAAACAAAGUG